GAUGUAUGUCUGGUUUCAAAAAGUUGAAAAAACCGUAGUGAUAUCUGGAUAUGCGAUUGGCAGCUCAAUGAAUGACCCCAACCGAAGAACACAGACUGACUUGUCACGAUAGCCAACUAACAAAUUUACUUUCAGACGUGAUCAGGUUGAUGUUGUAAAAGAGUCUUCAUGUGAGUAAGAAAUGGCAGAAGCCACACUACGUAGCUCUUCAGUACAUGGCCCCUCAGGCUCCCCACGAGUUUUGGAAGACAAAUUCAGUGAUAACGUGGUGAGAAAGGCUCCAAGCACUGCACUGUAUUUUCCCAAUUUCUUGUCCGAAGCUGAGGCAAAUUUGUUGUGGAAGCAGGUGUAUGCAGCUCCCAAGCCGAAAUGGACCCAGUUGUCUGCUCGGCGCCUGCAGCAAUGGGGUGGCAUCCCACAGGAAAAGGGUAUGGUGUUGGAGAAGCUGCCCAGUUGGCUGCAGCAAGUUGCUGAUCGGCUCUCAGCGAUAGACCUGUUUGAGACUGUUCGUCCGAAUCAUGUGCUGGUGAAUGAGUAUGAAGCGGGUCAAGGAAUCAUGCCACACACAGAUGGACCACUGUACUAUCCAGUUGUCUGCACCGUCAACCUUGGCUCACAUACACUAUUGGACUUCACGCCACGACGCUCGGCAUCUGAUGAUAGUGAAGAGAAUGGUGGGGGCUGUGGAGGUUGUAUGAAACAUGUGGAUGGUGAUGGCAAUUUCUCACUGCUGCUGGAGCCCUGCAGCCUGUCAGUUGUGGCCGCUGAUCUCUACACUGACUAUCUUCACGGCAUUGCCGAACGGGCACAGGAUGACUUGCAAGGCAUGACCGUGUGUAACUUGGACAUGUGCAGUAGCAGUGUACGGAAUCAAGAAGACCCGAUUGUCUUGCAGCGUAGCACGCGCUUGUCAUUGACAAUACGACAUGUACUGAAAACUGUACGGUUACCGCUACGGCUAGGUCUGUCCAGGUAGCACUUGGUACUGCAUAGAGGUAGGAUUGCCAGUGUUGCUUACUCGUAUCCUCCGCAUUCUCCCGGGUAUUUAGCCCACCACAAGUAGCCAAAGCGUGAAGGAUGCAUAAUUCCAGUGGGGGGCAUUUCGGUGAUGAAUGAACGAUGUGCAGCACUCUUGCACUAUACCUAAGUCGGCCGUCGGUUUGUUGAAAGCAGUAUUUAUACAAUGAAGCUCUACUCCAGUGGGGUCAACCAGGUUGCUGAGAGUUACUUUUCUCCUGAAGGUAGAAUUCAUACUUCAAAGUAUCUUCCAGCUUCACGAGUUUCACUUGCAAUGGCAUUUCAGCUAGCUGGCAUCUGUUUCAGGCCUUGCUAGUAGUUCUCAUGCCCACUAGCAAGCAAUGUGUAGCUACAUGCAGCUACAUGUACUGAGUGGUGCAAUGCCCUUAGCCGGAGCAGCCUACUGCGUUACUGCCUGCACUACAGUAGCAGCAGCAGCAUCACUACAUGGUCCGACUGCCCAUGAUACCUUGAUGUUGGUGGAUUGCUCGCUCUCGAGUGGUCAACGUGAGGAUGUGCUGUGCAGAACAUUGAUUCGAAGAAGGAGCUCACUGGGAAGAUGCUGCAUGUAGCACGCAUGACUGUGCUAGCUGCAGCAGGCAGUUGAUCAUCUGCCCAAGCAGAAGAUGUGCAUUCCGAGCCAUGUCUGCACAGGAACAUUUUAAAUUUUGAUGAAAGUGCCUGUCAAUAAAUCCUGAAACGAAAGCAAUUUAAUUAUUUUGUCUAUUUUUAACAGAAGCUUCACGAUGGAAUUUUCAUCAGCGAAUUAAUAUUUUUGUAAACUGGCAGUCAAUGCACGCCAACCUUAACACACUAGUCACUAUAUCUAGCUGCAACCAGUUCUGUUACAUCUUGCAAAUCCACCUCCCCUCACCAUCACCAUCAGUCCGUACCUGGCACCCAGCAACGAUGUCCUGGAUUGCAACUGGAGUAUUGUCCCUCUUGGACUCGUCAGGCAAUCUUGUGCGGACAUGUUUACAGUUUGAACGACUGGAACAGAAUAAUGAGCUACAUGGGCUAAAUAAUGAGCUGCAUGUGCCAAUAAACAUCUUGCUGGUGUGGGUUCUGAUAAGACAUCCUGUACCACUUUUUAAAAACAUUGAUACUGUACUGCCAAUACUGGCCUGUUUUCUUA